AUGAUUGAUUACAGGCUGAUGAAGGACUGUUGGGAACAGCCAACGCCGAUUGCCGCUGGUGGUCCGCUGGCAGUUUUGGAGCGGCAGGCCACUGGAGGCAUGCCACUAGCCUACCGCUGGCGGACCGCUGAUAGUUUGGGUCGGCGUGCCGAGGCCGACAAGCCGCUCCCCAGCCACCGGUGGUCCGACGGCGAAUUGAAAAUGGCCGCGGUAGACCACAUCUAUAAGAUUUUGUUCUUCAUGCAGUCAGCUGCCUUCAUCGCAUUCAUUAUAAAUGCCUCCCAGAAUUCCGAUGAUAUUCCCAAACCUAGCGGUUGCAAGUGCCAACAAAACGACCUGAGUAAAUUGCACGGCGAAGAAGCAACGGGAUGGAUGCCUGGGCGCGUGAACGAAACACGUGGACCUCUGUCCAACUGCAGCUUAGCUGACGUCAAGAAUAGGUCUGGUGUCGUCAUGUUGACUACAACCAACCUUGGCUUCAUGGAUAUGACUCUCAACAUGCUGGAAAGUAUGAAACGAACGAAAGUCUGUGUGAAUACUACCGUCAUUGCAGAAGACCAGAAAUGUUACCGGUAUCUGAGCGAAAGAGCCGAGGGUGACCCAGCAGUGCAUGUGGUGUUGACUAACUCAGGAGAAUCACAGAGCCAGGAAAUCAAGCGGAGCGAUCGCCGCUCGUACUAUGCACUCUUCAAUAAGCGUCAGGAGUAUGUUCUGUCUUUACUGGAGCGAGGCUUGGAAGUUUUAUUCACCGACGCCGACACCUUUUGGUUCCGAGAUCCUUUUCCUUACUUCCGGGGAGACUUUGACAUGUCUAUGAUCGAUCCAAGAUCCCCUUAUCCAAACCGAACUGAAAAAACGUGGUACUGUGCUGGGUUUGUUUAUUUCAAGCCAACAAACGUGACAGUCCUGUUCGUGAACACUUGGAUUAAUGCCAUGAAACACAAUGCUAAAAUAGGAAGACUAUUGGCGGAUCAGGAUCAGAUGAACUUUCUUCUUCGAGUGGAUCAACCUGUUCAUGUCAACGUUCAACCGCUCGACACCAACAUUUUCCCCUGGGGGCCAAAGUUUUACGAACUCUUGGCAAAGAAGGCCAAUUACUCGACUGUGGUAAUGCACGCCGCCAGUAUCCGCGGACACGCCGCUAAGAUCAAGAAAUUUAAAAGUUCCAACAUGUGGUUAGUAGACACAUUUGAAGUGUCUCAUAAGAACACGGUCUCAAGAUUGCAUGGCUUUUCUUUACUUUUAAUUUUGAGCUUAGUGUUACCUGUUGGAUGUUGUUGUUGCCUUUGUUGUCUUUGGUGCUGUUUUCCUGACGACUAA